AGCUCCAUCGCCGGGCUGGGUUGGGGCCGGCCGUAGCGGGGGAGGGCCGGGCCAGGGCGGCGGCGGCUGGGCCGAGGGACUGGUUGAGGAGCUGCGUCCGCGGGCGGCCGGGAUGGACCACUACCAGCCCGCCAGCCGCUACCGAGUGCUACACAACGAGGAUGACCCCCCAGAGUCUUCAGCAGCUGAGCAGCCUUCCACGUCAACAGAGACUACGCAGACUCCCCAGACAGCAGCCUUAUCUGAAGCAGAUACUUCCCCUCCACCUUACUGUAGCAUAGCUGUAGAAGCAGCUGCCACCUCAGAAACACAGAAUGAAUUUUAUCCUGUACCACCUCCAUACAGUGUAGCUACCUCUCUUCCUACUUACGAUGAAGCAGAGAAGGCCAAAGCUGCAGCAAUGGCAGCUGCUGCAGCGGAAGCAGCCCAGCGACACGCCCAGUUUAGGGAGUCUAGGAGUCUGUUUGAUGAAAUAUUCCUCAGUCGUCCAGAGGAAGAAGAGUACCCACCACGGGAUGAUUUCAGUGAUGCAGAUCAGCUUAGAGUGGGAAAUGAUGGCAUCUUCAUGUUGGCCUUUUUCAUGGCGUUUAUCUUCAACUGGAUUGGAUUUUGCUUAUCCUUCUGUAUAACAAAUACCAUAGCUGGAAGGUACGGCGCGAUCUGUGGGUUUGGUCUGUCCCUCAUCAAGUGGAUUCUCAUUGUACGGUUUUCAGAUUACUUUACUGGAUAUUUCAAUGGACAGUAUUGGCUUUGGUGGAUAUUUCUUGUGCUUGGACUCCUCCUGUUCUUCCGAGGCUUUGUUAAUUACCUGAAGGUCAGAAACAUGUCUGAAAGCAUGGCAGCUGCUCACAGAACAAGAUUUUUCUUCUUGUACUGAAGACUGCAUCGAACAGACAUUCCUUUCCUCGGCGUGAAACUUCAGAUGAUCUGUAACCCUACGAGUUAAUAGGAUAGAAGACUACUAAAACCAGAAGACAAAUCAGUAGAGAUAUGGCUUCAAAAAUGAAUGACAGGAUAGCUGAUGCUCAAACACCAGGUCUGGUCAUUCUAGGAAAUAUUUAUACUUGCUGCCUUUUUGUUUUAGCACAUUUGUAUAUGUGCUUAUUAGAAGGAUAGUACUGAAAUAAGAACAAACCAUCUAUUAGUAUAGGUUAGGUACAGUCAGACUCAGUUAAUCUGCGCUUGUCCUGUCUGAAAGAUUGAAGUGCUAAUUCGUUUCACAGCGUGUAUGUACCACUGAUGUGCUGAUCUGAGUUUUGAGUGCAAGGAAAUGCAUUAAAAGAUUCAGAUGAACCAGUUCAGACAGGUGGGUUUGUUUUUUCCUUUGGUGUUUUGAAUAUGAUUUAGAUUCAUCUAAUAAUCGUGCAGAAGGUUUUAAAGUUUACCAACCCCCCAAAUUCCUUGCUGUCACAACCUUGUAUUUGCCAAUACUCUUAUCAAACUCAAACCAACGUGAUGGUUUGCUGAAAGCUGGUACUCCACUUUCAGUCCCUUGUAAAUAACACUGCCUACAUGACUCUUUGAAUUGCUUCUUAGGAACUAUGUCACAAGAGAUUUUGUUUCAGCAUAUUCUCUAGAUUUUGUUUCAUCUUAGGGCUGCAUAGCUAUUUUUGUUAAUUGGCUACUAAGGGUACGGUUCUUGCUAUUAGAUGCAAUUUUGGAGGUAAAUGCAUUGAAUUGUUUGUCUCAUCCUAGCUUUUCUUACAUGAAUUGUUAUUAACUGGUUUGGCUUUGAGCCCAAAAGUCAUUUUUCAUGUCCAUUAUCCCAUUAAAAGACAGAGUUUGUUCAUGUUAGCAGGGAUGGACAGCCUUGCAUCUUUAGUCCUUGGAUCCUGAUAGGUGUACCUCUGUGCCUGAAACAGAGGACUGUAAAUGUGUUCCCUGGGCUAUAGCAAUGGCUCUGUUUAAGAAGCCUUGAGUGCAGUAUAAGUACAACUUCCACUCUGAGGGAGUCUCAUGAGAAAUUAAGUCAUAGAGCUAUUUUACAACAGCUGUUUAGAAUAAAUACUUUGCCAUUUCCUAAGAAUAAACUAAUUUCACUGUAAUUUUUUAAAUUGUGAAAUUAUUUGGUUUUGGGUUUUUUUAUCAUGAAAUAUCUAUGAAAAUAACCUUACUUUAAGAGUGCUGAAAGCAGAAAAUGUGUGUUGCACCUCUCUCAGCCUCCACUUCAUCUAUACCAUUUCUUUCUUACAAAUAUCAUCUCUUCAAGGGGUAAUGUCUGCUGAAAGUAGAAAAUGUGUUGUACCUCUCCCAGCCUCCAUUUCAUCUAUAUAAUUUCUGUCUUACAAAUCUCAUCUCUUUAAGUAAUACUGUCUGCUGAAAGCAGAAAAUGUGUUGCACCUCUCCCAGCCUUCCUUUCUCCUAUACCAUUUCUAUCUUACAAAUAUCAUCUCUUCAAGGGGGUCUCCAUUUCAUCUAUGCCAUUUCUAUCUUACAAAUAUCAUCUCUUCAAGGGGGUCUCCAUUUCAUCUAUGCCAUUUCUAUCUUACAAAUAUCAUCUCUUCAAGGGGGUCUUCAUUUCAUCUAUACAAUUUCUUUCUUACAAAUCCCAUCUCUUUGAGGGGUACUGUCUGCUGUUUGUGCAGGUGGAGUUUCCUUUGAGCUGUGUGAAAUCUGUGCUUCUCCUUCAGCAGGAGAAUACAUCUCUCAGUCCUUUGUACAACUGGAAUCUCAGAUGCAAAAAAAACCCAACCAAACACAUUGGUUGUUGGUUGCACCUUUAAGGAAGAGAAAAGGAACUAACAAAUGCUUUCCCCCAGUUUUGUCUUUAUAUUAGAAGUCUGCCUUUUUGUUACUCUCCUUUUAGAACUGUGAGGUUUGUUGUUUUAAGCUAGUGCUGUAUUCAGUUUUGUAUCUAAUGGAUGUUUUUAAUAUACAUAUAUAAACUGUCACAUUAUUAAUUUUCUUAAUCUUGCAGAGAUCCUGAAAAUGAUUAAAACUUUAAGGGCAUGUCCACUUCCCAGGUUUUUUUUUAUGGAAAUAAUAAAAUUCAGUUUUGUGUUCAA